CAAAGAUGAACCCAAAAACUCCUAAAAUAAGAAGGAAGAAGUAUUCGAAACAUCAGUGAUCUAAUAGGCCUGUAACCAAGAGAUUUAGAAAGACAUCUUCAGAAAAGAGCUUGCCUCCCCACUUAAUAAAGUUCAAAUAAGCUAAAGAUUGAGCAGAUAGAGUUGGCUGAAAGGUUCAGAAAAAGAUAUAAUGAGGUACCUCAAAGUUACAAUGUUUCUCCAAGGAUUAUAUUCGCAGUGGAGACUCCGAAGGAAAAGAUUACUCAACCAUUAAGAAUAGAUGGCGUAGAUUACCCCAACUGUUUCUUACUCAGAGAGCGAGCCUUGAAAAAUUAAAGCAAAAGAGGAAGUGAAGCCUCUAGUCAUUGAUAGAGAAAAGGAGGCCAACAUGCGAAAACUUGCAACUUUCCAAGGAGUAGCUCAAAUAUCAUGCAAAGUCAGCUUGGCAACUAAUACUUCACUUGUCACUGAAAUAAUUGAUGAAGAAUUACUAGAUAAGAAAUCUAGAGAUGAAGAAGAGAACGGGAACCCAGAGAAGAAAUCACAAGCGGAUUCUAACUUAAUGAUCAAAAAUGCCUCUGCUCCAGUAUUUUACCCAACAGAACCGCCUAUUGAAACUCUGUAUAUGCCAAAACAAGAAAAGGUUGAACUCACCACUAAACGAAAAGCAAAAUUAUUCUUUCCAAAAAGAAAGGAGAUUUCUAAUAUCUCGUUGCCUAAGCCAAAACCUUCAACUCAAAAUCUCAAAUCUCGUUUUGCAAGGGAAAGAUCUUCUCUAAACACAUAGUAGUCUUAAGAAGUCAAGUCUAACAAGUCGUCCUAAAUUAAAGCCUCGAAGGAAGUCUAAGAGCAAUAAAAGGACUGUAAUAAUCAUAAAAAAAAAGCAUAUGACCAACUUGAAGAAGAAAUAACAAACCUGGAUAUGAAGAAUUCGUUAAAAGAGUCGAACAAAACCAAGAAAGCCGUAAAAUAGAAAGGAUCGAGAAGUCCCUCAAGGACAUGACCUUGAAUGAGUACUAUAGGUACUUCUUCAACAGGAAGUAUGGACUUCAGAUUACGAAGGAAGAUGAGCCAGACCCUCACAUAAAGUUAUAAGGAGAUCAGUACUAAGUUCAGC